AUGGCAAUAUGGCCACCAACAAGCACCUCUAAUGCCACCCUAUUAGGUCUCUUUCCAAACGCAAGAAAUGCAAAUGAAACUUCAGAAUUCUCUGUUCAUUCUCGUGCGAUGUUUCAAGCAGCUAUCAUACUUUCCCAACAAUAUAAUAUCACUAUUGAAGGUCAACUCAUACAAUAUCAAUCAGUACAAACUGAUGGAGAUGUAAUUAAUAUUCUUAGUCAAACAUGUCAAGCAGUUUCUUCUUCAAACAUUCUUGGUAUUAUUGGUCCAGCAUAUUCUCAAGAUGCUCAUCAAGUUGCUACUUUCGCUAAAAAAAUUGGUAUACCUGUCAUUUCAUAUUAUGCAACUGAUCCUGCACUCUCAGAUCGUUAUACUUAUCACACUUUUUAUCGAACAGUUCCUUCGGAUAAUACAGCUGCCCUCGCAAUUACCAAAUUAUUUCUUCGAUAUAAUUGGACAUCAUGUGUCAUUAUUUAUCAAAACGAUGCAUUUGGUGAAGGUGGAGCGAAGAUUAUCAGUGAAACAUUUACUAAAUAUAAUCUCAUCGUUCGAGAUUCUGUUAUCUUCGAUAUUGUUACAUUAAAGAUUAAAGAUGAUUUAAAAGGCACUCUAAGAAAUAGUGCAACUCGAAUUGUUGUUCUAUGGGUUUCUGCACAAUUUAUACAAUUAGUUUUACAAAAUGCUCUUGAUUCUGAUGUUCUUGGUCCACAAUUUACAUGGAUAGUUCGUGCAACUGUUCCACUUACUUCAUUUAAUCGAUCAUUGUAUGACAAAUUAGUUGGUAUGUUGAGUAUUGAACCUGUUACAGGAAGUAUCGUUGAUGCACCAACCAAUACAACAUUGUUAAACGCUGCCUAUCAACUUUGGCAACAAUAUGAACCAGAAACAGUUCCUGAUCCAACCAAAGUCAACCCAUAUGCAUUAUUUGCAUUUGAUGCUACAUGGUCAUUAAUUCUAUCAUUACAAAAGCUUUGUGCCACAACUCAAAAUCAGUCAUGUUUAUCAUUUACUGGAUCAUCAUAUUGUUUUGAUCGUCACUUUAUUCAUUCUAACUCACUGUUGAAUACAAUUAAUUCAAUAGAGUUUGUUGGAGUUUCAGGUCCUAUACGAUUUAGUGAAAAUACAACUGAUCGAAUCAAUGGUUCAUAUUAUUAUGCACAAAAUAUUCAAUUCAGUGCAAAUGAUAUUCUUUUUGCUCCUGUGUUAAAAUAUGCAUAUCCAUAUGAUUGGACAGGAUAUUCACUGGCAGGAGCGAAUAUUAUCAGUUGGCCAGGUAAUUCAUUGACUAUUCCAACGGAUCAAGCAAAACUUGCAGGCGUUACUUUACGGAUUGCUGUAUUGGAAACACCACCAUUCACAAAGCAAGAUACUACCAUAGAUUCAUCUGGAAAAAAUGUAACAAAAUUAAUUGGUUAUCUACCUGAUUUAAUCGAACUUCUACGUAGUCGCAUGGGAUUUAUUCCAGAUAUUCGAAUAGUACCGCCAAAUAUGACUUAUAAUCAGUUAGUUCAGUUAGCAGCCGAUGGUGUUUAUGAUAUUGUCGUUACUGAUCUAGCAAUUACUAGUGCACGAAGAGAAAUUGCUGGAUUUUCUACUCCUAUAUUUGAUCAUGCACUAUGUAUUAUAAUGCGAAAAGAAUCUGCUACUAAGAUUGAAUUAUUAUCAUAUUUAAAACCAUUUUCACGAAAUCUAUGGUUAAUGGUUUUAGGUGCAUGUGUUUUAGCAAGUAUUUCACUUUGUCUACUAGAGAAACAGGACAAUGACUCAUUACAAGAACGAUCAAUUCCUUCUGCAGGUUUAAUGAGUUUAUGGUAUUCAAUUGGAACAGUAAUGGGAUAUGGAGUUGAUUAUCAUGUGAAAACAGCUGCUGGACGAUUGUUAACUAUUGGUUUAUAUCUGUUAUGUUUAGUCUUAGUGGCAUCUUAUACUGCUAAUUUAGCAUCUGAUUUAACAAUCAAGAAGUCGCAAAGUAUUAUUGAAGGUCUUGAUGAUAUUAUAAAGGGAAAAAUUUCAUUUAAUCGUAUUGGUAUUCUCUCAGGUUCGGCUCAUGUAGAUUUUUACUUACGAGAAGUCUCUAAUGGAAAUCGAAAUUUUUAUCCAAUAAAAAGUAUACAAUAUUUAUACGGUAGUUUAUUCUUAAAUACUAUUGAUGCUGCUUUCAUAGCUAUGCCUAGUGCACAAUAUGUUACCAAUAAUAUUUAUUGUAAUUUAACAAUAGUUGGACAAGGUUUCAAUAAGGGUGUAAUUGGUAUUGUUACACCUAAACAAUGGUUAUAUGCUAAAGAUUUAGAUGUUAAUAUUUUAGCAUUAAGAGAAGCAGGUGUGUUGGAAAAUUUAAGAGCAAAAUGGUUCGAAUCUAGCACGUGUCCGGCAACAGAGGAAGAGUCUACUGCAUUGGGAAUUGAUUCAAUGAGUGGAUUAUUUCUUACAUUUGCAAUUAUCUGGAUUUUAUCAUUAUUAAUAUUUAUAUGGAAAAAACGAUUUAUUUGCAAAAAAUGUCGAUGUUUAUUAAAACUUCGAAAGAGAUUGUUUUUCAAAGGAAGAAUUCAGAGGAUAAGUCCUCCUAAUAACAAUCAAAACUCUGUAUCUUCUCCAUCUAAUAUCUGA